GUUGCUGUUAUGUAAGCUUCGAGGAAUUGCUGGUAGUAAUCUCGUCGCAGUGAAACCUAAUUAAAACAGAACGACUUGCGUCGAGUAUUCGUCAAGAUUUUCAAAGAAAAUCUUCACAGCUUCACAGAAUAAUGAUUGCUUUGGUGAAAAUGUCACUGCAAUUAUUUUGGAUCGUGAUGGAAGACAUUAUGAAUUUUAUUACCACGGCAUUAAAGGUUGUUCCAGUAUUUAGGCAGCUGAUUCCUAUUGAAAAGAAGAGAGUGAUAUACUAUUCCAGCAGAAAGGGAUUGGAGUGUAUCGCACCAUUGUUCACAUCUGUUGAGGAAACUCCAAAACCCAUGGUGGCAAAGAUCAAAGGGAACAUCCCAAAAUGGUUACAGGGAAGUCUGCUGAGAAAUGGGCCUGGAAAAUACGAGUUUGGAAAUGAUAGAUAUAAUCACUUUUUUGACAGCCUGGCCUUGAUGCAUCAAUUCAGAAUUGAUGAUGGUAUUGUUACCUACAUGAGCAAGUUUCUACGCAGUGACGCAUACCGUAUCAACAGUGAAUACAACCGAAUCAUGGUAUCAGAAUUUGGAACUUUAGCAAUGCCUGACCCUUGCAAAAACAUUUUUGAACGCUUCACUAGUCGAUUUGAAAACGUUGAUGCAACAGAUAAUGGCUCUGUGAACUUUGCACUGUACAAGGGAGACUACUAUGCAACCACAGAAACUAAUUUUAUCUAUAAAGUGAAUCCUAAUACUCUUGAAACUGAAGAAAAGAUAAAUUUGACCAAAUUUGUUGCAGUGAAUGGAGCCACAGCCCAUCCACAUUAUGAUCCCGAUGGGACAACCUACAACAUGGGCAACUCCUAUGGUAUAAAUGGUUUGAUGUAUAAUAUCAUUGCAAUUCCUCCACAACUAUCAGAUGAUGAAGAGACGCUUCAAGGGGCCAGGAUAGUUUGCGGCUUUAAACCAGAGUUCAGCACAAAGCCUUCUUAUUACCACAGCUUUGGAAUGACCAAAAACUACAUCAUAUUUAUUGAGCAACCUCUAAAAAUAAAUAUAAUGAAAAUUCUCACCUCCCAGCUCAGAGGUAAAAGUUUCGACUGUUCAAUAAGUUGGGAGCCAGAACUCAACACCAUUAUCCAUGUAGCUAAUAAACACACCGGAGAGGUGAAUCCCUUCAAAUAUUACACCGAAGCCUUCUGCUUGUUUCAUCAUAUUAAUGCCUUUGAGGAUAAUGGCUUUAUUGUACUUGAUUACUGCCGUUUUGAAAGUGGGAAUUUUCUGAACAAAUUAACUCUGCAAAACCUGCGGCAAAGUGGCGAAAAAUUGGAUGAGCUUUACAAUACACUUCCAAAAGGAUUGCCAAACAGGCUUGUUUUGCCUUUGAACAUCAACUCCAACAGACCGAUUGAAGAGAACCUCAACACUUUGACGUACAGCAGUGCACGUGCCUUCCAAAAGGCAGAAGGAAAGAUUUGGUGUGAGUCGGAGAAGCUCUAUGAUGAUGAUUUUCUGGAUGAAGGUGGAAUGGAAUUUCCACAAAUUAACUAUGCAAAGUACAGCACCAGAAAAUACAAAUACUUUUAUGCAUGUGGAACCAAGCAUGUGAUGCCGAACACUCUAAUAAAGAUGGAUGUGGAUACAAAGAAAUAUAAGAUCUGGAGUGAGAAAGGCUACUACCCAUCAGAACCAGUCUUUGUGCCUUCUCCUAAUGGAACAGAUGAGGAUGAUGGAGUUAUUUUGAGUGUAGCUAUUUCACCAAAUCAGAGCAAGGGUAGCAUGCUGCUUGUACUGGAUGCUAAGACCUUCACAGAAAUGGGGAGAGCAGAAGUGCCUGUUCGAAUAACAUUUGGAUUUCAUGGUGUCUUUGCAAAGCGUUAGAGUUUAUUGAAUCAAGUCUACAGUUUGCACUGCUCUGCUAUAUUACCUGUAAUCACUAGGUAUCUAAUAUAUUUUAACCAAAAGCUUACUAAUUUAUAUUAACAAAUAAUAGUAGAUAAAUUUAGAGUUAUAGUUUCCACUUGAACAAUUCAAUAUGUGUCAUAUUGGACAAAGAAUGUUCUCAGUCCCAAUGUGGGUAAAGGCCUUAGUUAGAGUUCGAUUUUAACAAUUCCUAUUUACAGUGGGUAGAUUAAAAGGAUCCGAUAAACCUAAAAUGCUGCCCUAUAGAUGAAGCCAAAGAAAAAACUUGAUCUUUUGUCUUCACUGUUCUGAUAGAUAGUCACUGAUAGUAUUAUAAUACCGAGAGUAGAUUGAUCCACACCACCCAAGCCCAUAUUGAUUCAGUGAAAGAGUGGGUAAUUUCCCAACUAAAACCUGAAACCUAUCAUUGUUGAUUAAUUUAAUGCAAAUCAAAUUGAUUUCUGGAAAUAAAUAUGAUUUUGGAAUUUAGUAUACGAGCAGUUUGAAACAUGCCUUAGUGAGACCAAGUGACCUUGGGAAGAAACAGUGGAUUUGGGCCAUUAGUUUCCAGUAUUCUCAACUACUGAAUAACUUCAUGUAUUGUUUCUGGAUCUACUGCAGAGUAAUUGAUAAACACUAAUUAGUCAAUAUUGACACAUGCUGCUAUGAGUGUAGUUGGAGGCUAAUUAACAGAAUUUGGUCUAGUUCCGUCCAGUAACAUUUCUGAAGAAGACAGAGAGAAAGAAUUUCUGUUACUUGGGAAAUUAGGAGGAUGACACAAGAUCAAAGAAGUUAGACCAAGGUCUUUCAAAAAGGAAUUGGAAAUUCUUCUAUUCACUAAGUGUGGUAAAGUUUGGGGAACUUAAGAAUAUAUCAGUUGCUAUUACAUAAACCAUUAAAAGAAAAAUCUAUCAAUUGAUAAAUUUUAGUUAAAGAAAGGAGUCAAAGAAUAUAGGAAGGGAUUAAGGCAGGAACCUGGCAUUACAUCAUGCUCGAAGGUUUGAGAUCUAUUAAACUGUGAUUGGAUAGGAUUUGAAAAUGGUACCACUUAACUAUUUACUCUAUUAUUGGCAAUAAAGUGUAAGGAUUAUGCAAAAUCUGGCACCAUCUACCCACACCAGGCUUCUUUAGUAAGAGCACAUCGCAUAUGGAGCCAAACCCUAAAAUAAGCCCCAAGUUUUGUCACUUUUUUACAAAUUACUUGACCAACUCCUGGGGCAGGAAUAGGAACUUUUCAGAUACUUUCAGCAUUUGGGAUGUAGGUCCACCUAGAUUAUGACAGUUUGCAAAUUGGAAAUGCAGCCAUGAACCCAGUUCCCACACAACAAGAGAUGCAGCGGUCUGUAAAUCCAUCCUGUUCUCCCAAAUGCUCAUUCAUAUACAUUGGCUAUAAAUAAAUUAGACAUUCAGAAGCUGGGAGGACCUGUAAUAAGGAGAUUAUCAGUCCAUUCCUUUUUUCAAUCACGAUCUAGAGACAUCUAGUAAAGGAUGGAAUGGAAACAGUUGAGCAAGAAUAGGAGAAUAAUUUAUCAUUUAAUUUGUGAUAGACCAAAACUGCAUUCAAAACUGUUAUCAGUCUUGUCAGCACCAAGUAUAAUGAAGUUUUAUGCUGUAUAUCAAUGACUUAGAUGAUAGAAUAGAUGGCUUUGUUGCCAAGUUUGCAGAUGAUAUGAAGAUUUUGAGUGCAAAACACCCUAAAAGUUAACUUGCAGGUUGAGUCAGUGGUAAGGAAGGCAAUUUAGGAUUCAUUUCAAGAGUUCUAAAAUAUAAGAGCAAAAAUGUGAUGCUGAGGCUUUAUAAGGCACUGGUGAAGCCUCACCUUGAGUAUUGUGAACAGUUUUAGGCUCCUUAUUUAAAAAAAGAUGUGCUGGCAUUGGAGAGCGUUCAGAGGAGGUUCACAAAGAUGAUCCUGGGAAUGAAAGGGCUAUCAUAUGAGGAACAUUUGAUGGCACUGGGCCUGUACUUGCUGGAAUUUAGAAGGAUGAGGGGAGAUAUCAUUGCCUCUUUCGCAUUUUGAAAGGCUAAGACAGACUAGAUGUGGAAAGGGUGUUUCCUAUGGUGGGGGAGUCUAGAACAAGAGGGCAGAGCCCCAGGAUAGAGGGUUGCCCAUUUAAACCAGAGAUGCGGAGAAAUUUCUUUAGCCAGAGGUUGAUGAAUUUGUGGAAUUUGUUACUACAGGCAGCUGUGGAGGCCAGGUCACUGUUGUGUCUCUUUAAGGUGGAGAUUGAUAGGUUCUUGAUUGGCUACAACAUCAAAUAUUACGGGGAGAAGGCUGGGGAGUGGGGCUGAGGAGGGGGAUAAAGGAUCGACCAUGACUGAAUGGCAGAACAGACUCGAUGGGCCAAUGGCCUAAUUCUGCUUCUACGUCUUAUGGUCUUAUGGUCCAAGUUCUAGUGGAAACUUUUAGCUGUUCCUAAAAAUAUGAAAGACUUUUUAACCAUCACGUAACCUCUUUAGUAAUAAGCAUUAUUAAAAAAGUAACAACUAUUUGAUAUAUUUGUUUGUGUACAAUAUUGAACUUGCAGCACUUGCAUACCGAUCUAUUAAUGAUUCUUUCUACUGCCAAAUAUAGAAAAUGGAAUUAAAAUGUUAUUCUUGACUUUCAUGCAAAAUUGUUGAUUCAAGAUUCUUUAUUCAAAAUUUAAGCUGUAAA